AUAGAACAGAUAAUGAUUCAGAUGAAGGGGUGGCUGCAACAAACCUAAACCAAGCAAUGCAGCCAGAUAGAAACAUCAUUUCACCCCUAAAACUGAAAGAUGAAGAAGUAGGAACAUCUUCAGACCAAUUCCUUUCAUAUGAAUUCAAAUUUCAGUGUGACAGUGAAAUUAAAUGUUACAGAGAAGAACAAUAUGAUGUUUCUGAGGCCAGAUGUUGGACAGGGGAAAGCAGUGCAGAAGAGGACAUAGCUAAAAAAGACAUGGUGGACAUGUGUUAUGAUGUAGAAGAAAAAUAUAGAGAGAUAGGGACAGAGAGAGAAGUGGAGAAUGAUGGCAUGCAAGCUACAACUUCUAAUCAGUUAUUUUCUAAAGUAAGUUCAACAAAUAUGUUAGAUUUUGUCACUGAAUCUGAACUAAUUCCUGCUGAAACUCUGUACGGGGAAACCGCAACCAGCAGCCAGACAUGCAACCUUCAACAUAACAAUCCAGGGGAAUUUCCAACUGAAUUGGAGAUGCAGUCAGAGGAAGGAGUUUGUUCUGAUCAGGUGCUUGAUGAAGUAAUCAAUGAUAGAUCUGAGUUUUUAGACAUAGAAAGUGAGGUUAUUGAGGAGGAGAAUAAUGACAUAAAGGAAGAAAUAAAUGCUGGUUCCACAAAAGAUUUUACCAAGGAGGACUUUAUAAGAGUGAAUGAUGAAAAGGAUGGCAUGUCCACAUUUAUGAAUGAGCGUGAAACGGCAUCAGUCAUCACAAAUAUACAAGAUUAUGCUUUUACAGACCAGGCAUCCAUGGUAGUCGAAGAACAUAGUAUUGGGAGUCCUGAUAAAGGAAGUGGCAGCCCAGUUCAUGCUUAUCCUACAAGUGACCCAAUGGAGAUCAUUCCUGAAACACAAGUCAAAUUAGACAUGCAGGUGUAUAAUGCCAUAGGUUUACCUGAUCAGAAGCAAAACAUGUCUGAAGAAUGUCUAGUAAAUCCAACAAAUACAGAAUCUGAAGCAGAGCAGUUUGAAAGCACAUCUCGAAUUGUUUACAUACAGGACUCAAGACAGGGUCAGGAUGAUGCAGUAGCAGAAAAUGUUAGAUUUAGCCCCUCUGAGAAAAAACAGAUAGAUUCAACUCAAAGGAGUCUUAGUGGACUGAUCUCAGGAGGUGACCAGAAAGACAGUUUUAAAACAAUGAAGGAAACCAUGCAGGUACAAAGCUCAGAAGAGAGUACACCAAUGUCAGAGGAUGGAACACUCAGCCUCUCUCCUGAAACAUGUUAUCCUCAGUCCUCAGAGUCAUUGAAUAUCAUGGAACCUGAAGCAGAAAAAAUGGAUGAAAAUGUGAUUAAAGCUGUGGUUAAAAAUGAGAACACAUACACUUCACAAGAAUAUAAUGAAACACGUCAGCACAUCUCAACAGAAGUUGUCAACACAAAUCAAGAAUGUAGUGUACUUGACAGACAGGGUGAGGAAACAGUAGUGGUAAAAAAUAUUUGCAGAGGGCUGGAUACCACACAUGUAGUAUUAUCAGAUGUGGUUGAUACUGAGGUCCUCAACAUGCAAAGCAUAACAGAAGUGGUUGAAAGUACAGCACGAAAUGAAGAAGCAGUAUGGGAGGGAGACAAGGAUGGUCAACGCAUAUCAUUAGAAAAUCUUCAUCAAAAUACUUAUCCAGAUUUGAAAUUAGGACUGUCCAAAUCAUCAGAAUGUACUGAGUUUGUUACUGAUACAAUAAAUACCGAUCACCUCAUAACUUCUGCUGAACCUAUGGAUGCAGCUGAAAUAGCUCAAUUGUCAGAGGAAAACAUCCUACAAGCCACCACUACUGCUUUUCAUGAGGAAGCUUGUAUGCUGAUUAGCAAAGACAGUCACAGAAGAAAAAUGGGAUCAAUACACAGGACUCUUGGAGGAAAGAGAGAAGAAAAAGAUAUAGAUGAGGAUAUGUAUGGAGAGGAGAAAUAUAUGGCUUUUACAGAUAUAUCUACGUGCUCACAACAAUAUAUGUAUUCUGAAUUAUCCUCUCAAAUUUUUUUAUCCUCUCAAACUACCAUCGAACAUUCAUCAGCUGCAACAGAGCAUGGUGAUUUCAAGGAAGAUGAUAGAAAUAGCGUAGAGACUGUGGAAAAGACAAAUGCAGAAAUCCAUACGCAAACUCAGACUAAGAAAAAGAAGAAAUUUGGAUCAACACGGAGACCCCAUGGAAGACACCAACCACAUGCUGAAGGAGAGGAAGGAGAAUGGAAAGAUCCAGAAACUACAGAAGAAAUUGAACAUCAAAUAAUAACUCAAGCUGCUACUUCAAACCUGCUCACUGAACCACAGAAUACUAUGAGUGAGGUGACACUUGACAUCCAUGAUUCACCAAUGACAACUGAACAAAAAGAAAUCAUUAAAGCAGAAGUUGAAAUCGUGACUGAAGGGAUCGAUGCGUCACUUGCCAUAUUAUCACAUGAGGUUGAUCAGAUUCACACUGUGGUCUCUGACGAGGUAAGCAAUGCAGAAGGACUGACUGAUAUUAUAGAGCAACAUGAAAGAUCAGGAGUGAAUGAGGAGAAUGUUGCCGAGUCAACACUUUUGUAUGAGCAAGAAAUGGAACCAGUCAUCACAAAAAUACAGGAUGAUGCUUUCACAGAACACGUCUCCCUAACAGUCAAAAAGCAUGGUAAUGGGAGUCCUGAUAAUGAACAUGUUGCCAGUGAAGUUAAUGUUUAUAAUACAUGUGGCCCAGUGGAGCUCAUUCCUGAAACACAGGCCAUGUCAGACAUGCAGAUGAACACGGAACAUAUUCAUGCAGUCGUAUCUGAUCAGAACCAAAACAUAUCUGAAGAACAUCUAGAGAAUCCAACUAACAGGGAAUCCGAAGCAGAGCAACUUGAAAGCACAAGCCCAUUUGUUCAGAUACAGGAAUCAAAAUCAUCUCAGCUUGAUGUGACAAAAGAAACUUUGGAAUUUAGCAGCUCUGAGAAAAGGAGGAAGAUAGGUUCAACUCGAAAGAGCCUUAGAGGGCAAAUCCCUAGAGGUGACCAGGAAAACAAACUGGAAGCGAUAAAAGACAAAGAAAACAUACAGGAACAAAAUAUGGACCAAGAAGGUACCAACACUGGGGAAAUCGAGGAAGAGAAUGAUGAUACAAAGGAAGAAAUAAAUGCUGGUAUUACAGAAAACUUAAUCAAAGAGGACAUUACAACAGUAUGUGCACAACAAAAUGUGCUUUGUGAAUUAUCCUCUCAAACUACUGAUCUGGGUUUAUCUGCUCUCGAACAUCCGUCACCUGCAACAGAGCAUCCUGAUUUCAAGCAAGAUGAUGGAAAUAUUACAGAGAAUGUGGAAAAGACAAAUGCAGAAAUCCAUACGCAAACUCAGACUAAGAAAAAGAAGAAAUUUGGAUCAACACGGAGACCCCAUGGAAGACACCAACCACAUGCAGAAGGAGAGGAAGGAGAAUGGAAAGAUCCAGAAAAUACAGAAGAAAUUGAACAUCAAAUAAUAACUCAAGCUGCUACUUCAAACCUGCUCACUGAACCACAGAAUACUAUGAGUGAGGUGACACUUGACAUCCAUGAUUCACCAAUGACAACUGAACAAAAGGAAAUCAUUAAAGCAGAAGUUGAAAUCGUGACUGAAGGGAUCGAUGCAUCACCUGCCAUAUUAUCACAUGAGGUUGAUCAGAUUCACACUGUGGUCUCUGACGAGGUAAGCAAUGCAGAAGGACUGACUGAUAUUAUAGAGCAACAUGAAAGAUCAGGAGUGAAUGAGGAAAAUGUUGCCGAGUCAACACUUUUGUAUGAGCAAGAAAUGGAACCAGUCAUCACAAAAAUACAGGAUGAUGCUUUCACAGAACACGUCUCCCUAACAGUCAAAAAGCAUGGUAAUGGGAGUCCUGAUAAUGAACAUGUUGCCAGUGAAGUUAAUGUUUAUAAUACAUGUGGCCCAGUGGAGCUCAUUCCUGAAACACAGGCCAUGUCAGACAUGCAGAUGAACACAGAACAUAUUCAUGCAGCCGUAUCUGAUCAGAACCAAAACAUAUCUGAAGAACAUCUAGAGAAUCCAACUAACAGGGAAUCCGAAGCAGAGCAACUUGAAAGCACAAGCCCAUUUGUUCAGAUACAGGAAUCAAAAUCAUCUCAGCUUGAUGUGACAAAAGAAACUUUGGAAUUUAGCAGCUCUGAGAAAAGGAGGAAGAUAGGUUCAACUCGAAAGAGCCUUAGAGGGCAAAUCCCUAGAGGUGACCAGGAAAACAAACUGGAAGCGAUAAAAGACAAAGAAAACAUACAGGAACAAAAUAUGGACCAAGAAGGUACCAACACUGGGGAAAUCGAGGAAGAGAAUGAUGAUGCAAAGGAAGAAAUAAAUGCUGGUACUACAGAAAACUUAAUCAAAGAGGACAUUACAACAGUAAGUGCAGAACAAAAUGUGCUUUGUGAAUUAUCCUCUCAAACUACUGAUCUGGGUUUAUCUGCUAUCGAACAUCCAUCACCUGCAACAGAGCAUCCUGAUUUCAAGCAAGAUGAUGGAAAUAUUACAGAGAAUGUGGAAAACAGAAAUGCAGAAAUCCAUACACAAACUCAGACUAAGAAAAAGAAGAAAUUUGGAUCAACACGGAGACCCCAUGGAAGACACCAACCACAUGCAGAAGGAGAGGAAGGAGAAUGGAAAGAUCCAGAAAAUACAGAAGAAAUUGAACAUCAAAUCAUAACUCAAGCUGCUACUUCAAACCUGCUCACUGAACCACAGAAUACUAUGAGUGAGGUGACACUUGACAUCCAUGAUUCACCAAUGACAACUGAACAAAAAGAAAUCAUUAAAGCAGAAGUUGAAAUCGUGACUGAAGGGAUCGAUGCAUCACCUGCCAUAUUAUCACAUGAGGUUGAUCAGAUUCACACUGUGGUCUCUGACGAGGUAAGCAAUGCAGAAGGACUGACUGAUAUUAUAGAGCAACAUGAAAGAUCAGGAGUGAAUGAGGAGAAUGUUGCCGAGUCAAAACUUUUAUAUGAGCAAGAAAUGGAACCAGUCAUCACAAAAAUACAGGAUGAUGCUUUCACAGAACACGUCUCCCUAACAGUCAAAAAGCAUGGUAAUGGGAGUCCUGAUAAUGAACAUGUUGCCAGUGAAGUUAAUGUUUAUAAUACAUGUGGCCCAGUGGAGCUCAUUCCUGAAACACAGGCCAUGUCAGACAUGCAGAUGAACACGGAACAUAUUCAUGCAGUCGUAUCUGAUCAGAACCAAAACAUAUCUGAAGAACAUCUAGAGAAUCCAACUAACAGGGAAUCCGAAGCAGAGCAACUUGAAAGCACAAGCCCAUUUGUUCAGAUACAGGAAUCAAAAUCAUCUCAGCUUGAUGUGACAAAAGAAACUUUGGAAUUUAGCAGCUCUGAGAAAAGGAGGAAGAUAGGUUCAACUCGAAAGAGCCUUAGAGGGCAAAUCCCUAGAGGUGACCAGGAAAACAAACUGGAAGCGAUAAAAGACAAAGAAAACAUACAGGAACAAAAUAUGGACCAAGAAGGUACCAACACUGGGGAAAUCGAGGAAGAGAAUGAUGAUACAAAGGAAGAAAUAAAUGCUGGUACUACAGAAAUCUUAAUCAAAGAGGACAUUACAACAGUAAGUGCAGAACAAAAUGUGCUUUGUGAAUUAUCCUCUCAAACUACUGAUCUGGGUUUAUCUGCUCUCGAACAUCCGUCACCUGCAACAGAGCAUCCUGAUUUCAAGCAAGAUGAUGGAAAUAUUACAGAGAAUGUGGAAAAGACAAAUGCAGAAAUCCAUACGCAAACUCAGACUAAGAAAAAGAAGAAAUUUGGAUCAACACGGAGACCCCAUGGAAGACACCAACCACAUGCAGAAGGAGAGGAAGGAGAAUGGAAAGAUCCAGAAACUACAGAAAAAAUUGAACAUCAAAUCAUAACUCAAGCUGCUACUUCAAACCUGCUCACUGAACCACAGAAUACUAUGAGUGAGGUGACACUUGACAUCCAUGAUUCACCAAUGACAACUGAACAAAAAGAAAUCAUUAAAGCAGAAGUUGAAAUCAUGACUGAAGGGAUCGAUGCAUCACCUGCCAUAUUAUCACAUGAGGUUGAUCAGAUUCACACUGUGGUCUCUGACGAGGUAAGCAAUGCAGAAGGACUGACUGAUAUUAUAGAGCAACAUGAAAGAUCAGGAGUGAAUGAGAAGAAUGAUAUCGAGUCAACACUUUUAUAUGAGCAAGAAAUGGAACCAGUCAUCACAAAAAUACAGGAUGAGGCUUUCACAGAACAUGUCUCAAACUUGUCACAGAGCAUGUCUCAAACUAAGAAAAAGAAGAAAUUUGGAUCAACACGGAGACCCCAUGGAAGACACCAACCACAUGCUGAAGGAGAGGAAGGAGAAUGGAAAGAUCCAGAAAAUACAGAACAAACUGAACAUCAAAUAAUAACUCAAGCUGCUACUUCAAACCUGCUCACUGAACCACAGAAUACUAUGAGUGAGGUGACACUUGACAUCCAUGAUUCACCAAUGACAACUGAACAAAAAGAAAUCAUUAAAGCAGAAGUUGAAAUCGUGACUGAAGGGAUCGAUGCGUCACUUGCCAUAUUAUCACAUGAGGUUGAUCAGAUUCACACUGUGGUCUCUGACGAGGUAAGCAAUGCAGAAGGACUGACUGAUAUUAUAGAGCAACAUGAAAGAUCAGGAGUGAAUGAGGAAAAUGUUGCCGAGUCAACACUUUUAUAUGAGCAAGAAAUGGAACCAGUCAUCACAAAAAUACAGGAUGAUGCUUUCACAGAACACGUCUCCCUAGCAAUCAAAAAGCAUGGUAAUGGGAGUCCUGAUAAUGAACAUGUUGCCAGUGAAGUUAAUGUUUAUAAUACAUGUGGCCCAGUGGAGCUCAUUCCUGAAACACAGGCCAUGUCAGACAUGCAGAUGAACACAGAACAUAUUCAUGCAGUCGUAUCUGAUCAGAACCAAAACAUAUCUGAAGAACAUCUAGAGAAUCCAACUAACAGGGAAUCCGAAGCAGAGCAACUUGAAAGCACAAGCCCAUUUGUUCAGAUACAGGAAUCAAAAUCAUCUCAGCUUGAUGUGACAAAAGAAACUUUGGAAUUUAGCAGCUCUGAGAAAAGGAGGAAGAUAGGUUCAACUCGAAAGAGCCUUAGAGGGCAAAUCCCUAGAGGUGACCAGGAAAACAAACUGGAAGCGAUAAAAGACAAAGAAAACAUACAGGAACAAAAUAUGGACCAAGAAGGUACCAACACUGGGGAAAUCGAGGAAGAGAAUGAUGAUACAAAGGAAGAAAUAAAUGCUGGUACUACAGAAAUCUUAAUCAAAGAGGACAUUACAACAGUAAGUGCAGAACAAAAUGUGCUUUGUGAAUUAUCCUCUCAAACUACUGAUCUGGGUUUAUCUGCUCUCGAACAUCCGUCACCUGCAACAGAGCAUCCUGAUUUCAAGCAAGAUGAUGGAAAUAUUACAGAGAAUGUGGAAAAGACAAAUGCAGAAAUCCAUACGCAAACUCAGACUAAGAAAAAGAAGAAAUUUGGAUCAACACGGAGACCCCAUGGAAGACACCAACCACAUGCAGAAGGAGAGGAAGGAGAAUGGAAAGAUCCAGAAACUACAGAAAAAAUUGAACAUCAAAUCAUAACUCAAGCUGCUACUUCAAACCUGCUCACUGAACCACAGAAUACUAUGAGUGAGGUGACACUUGACAUCCAUGAUUCACCAAUGACAACUGAACAAAAAGAAAUCAUUAAAGCAGAAGUUGAAAUCAUGACUGAAGGGAUCGAUGCAUCACCUGCCAUAUUAUCACAUGAGGUUGAUCAGAUUCACACUGUGGUCUCUGACGAGGUAAGCAAUGCAGAAGGACUGACUGAUAUUAUAGAGCAACAUGAAAGAUCAGGAGUGAAUGAGAAGAAUGAUAUCGAGUCAACACUUUUAUAUGAGCAAGAAAUGGAACCAGUCAUCACAAAAAUACAGGAUGAGGCUUUCACAGAACAUGUCUCAAACUUGUCACAGAGCAUGUCUCAAACUAAGAAAAAGAAGAAAUUUGGAUCAACACGGAGACCCCAUGGAAGACACCAACCACAUGCUGAAGGAGAGGAAGGAGAAUGGAAAGAUCCAGAAAAUACAGAACAAACUGAACAUCAAAUAAUAACUCAAGCUGCUACUUCAAACCUGCUCACUGAACCACAGAAUACUAUGAGUGAGGUGACACUUGACAUCCAUGAUUCACCAAUGACAACUGAACAAAAAGAAAUCAUUAAAGCAGAAGUUGAAAUCGUGACUGAAGGGAUCGAUGCGUCACUUGCCAUAUUAUCACAUGAGGUUGAUCAGAUUCACACUGUGGUCUCUGACGAGGUAAGCAAUGCAGAAGGACUGACUGAUAUUAUAGAGCAACAUGAAAGAUCAGGAGUGAAUGAGGAAAAUGUUGCCGAGUCAACACUUUUAUAUGAGCAAGAAAUGGAACCAGUCAUCACAAAAAUACAGGAUGAUGCUUUCACAGAACAUGUCUCAAACAUGUCACAGAACAUGUCUCAAACUAAGAAAAAGAAGAAAUUUGGAUCAACACGAAGGUUCCAUGGAAGACACCAACCACAUGCUGUAGGAGAGGAAGGAGAAUGGAAAGAUGUGGAAGAUACAGAAGAAAUACAAAUCGUAGGUCAAGCAGCUAGUUCAAACUUGCUUACUGAGCUACAGGAUGCUAUAAGUGAGUUGUCACUUGAUAUCCUUGAACCAUCCUUGAGAAAUGAGCAAGGUAUCGAGUGCACUGAAAAUGAAAGUGCCAAUCAACCAGCAUAUCCUACUCAUGGCCCAAUAGAACUUAUUCCUGAAACACACGCUAGAUUAGACAUGCCAGUUGUAUCUGAACAGUACCACAUGAUGUCUGAAGAACAUCUAGAGAAUCCAAAAAACAGAGACUCAAAACCAGAGCAAUGUGAAAGCACAUGCUCAGUUGUUCACAUACAGGAAUUAAAACUGGCCCCGGAUGAAAUGGCAACACAGAAUUCAGGACAUUCAGGAAACUCUGGGAGAAGGAAGAAGAUAGCUUCAACUCGAAGGAGUCUUAGAGUGAUAAAGGAAAAAGAAAACAUCCAGGAACAAACAACAGAAGAAAUUACAUCAACCUCAGAGAAAGAUCAUGCACAAGAAAGGACAUUCAACUUAACUACCGAAAUAUCUCAUCAAUCCAUACAAACACAUUCUGAGCCACUAAACAUCAUAGAUCCUGAAGCAGAAAAAAUGAGUUCAACUUGCAAGAAUCUUGAAGAAGGACAAAGUAAACAGGAAGCAUUGCAAAAAACUAAAGAUAUGAACCCAAGAUAUGCUGGAGACAUUGAUAGAGAGCAUUUAAAAUUAGUAGCAAUAGAAGACUCAGUUAACCCUGAUUCAAUCUUUGGUGACACAAAGACAAGAGUACCAGAGUAUGAACCACAAAUUCAUAAUAAUCUUGAUCAGUCAGAAGGCUCCCUUCUUAGUGAGAUAGAGUUUUACCUAAAUAAAAGUUUUGAAUGUACCCUAAAUACUACAGCUCUUAACCCUAAUAUAUCAGAAUUCUCAGAACCAAUGUCUGAGGUGUCUCUUCAGCUACCAUCAUCUCAGAACCCUCAAAUUCACAUGGAACCGAGCUCCCCAGCAAGAAGGAGAAAAAUGGGGUCAAGUCGCAAGACGUCUAGAAACAAGCAUGCAGAAAAAAUAUCCAAUGAGAGUGGAGGGUCAGAACAGGAAAAAGAGAAUUUGGACAAGAAUAAUGCUAAAAAUAGUGAACCUAAAAGAGAGGCAAAGACAGUUAAGGAAACUGUCAUGGCAGCAGGCACAGAAGACAUGAAAGAAUCGGUUGAACUCAUGUCUGAAGUUCAAGCUCUCUCUCGAAUAAAUGAGAGUAGUACACAAGAAACAGGGCAACUGCUUCCAGAAGGUAGGCGAAAGUUUGGGUCCAGACGUACAGCGAAGGGAAGAAGUGGUCUAGGUGCAUUUACACAUGAUGAUUAUGAGAGCAACCAGAAAAAAACAGAUGAUCAAGUGACUAAGGAUGACUCAAGGGUCUCUGAUCCAUAUUUCAUCUCGGAACCAGAGACUACACCAAUCUCUCACCCAGUCUCUGAGCCAAGACCAGAAAUUGAAGAGGUUAGAAAAACUGUUGUGAAAGAUACAAAUGCAUCUACCAAAGCUGGCGUUGUUGUAAACACUGGAGGAAGACAGAAAAUAGACUUUGAUCAAUGGAAUGAGCAACUUCCAGAUUUUGGACUAGCGAUAUAUAACGUUGUGAUGGUGGGAAACAGCAACGUGGGCAAGACGUCCUUUAUAAAACGUUUACAGAGUGGACAAUUCACCCCAGACUACGGUGCUACUAUUGGUGUUGACACCUUUAUCCAGACUGUUACAUUUGGUAGUAGAACAGUUAAACUGUAUGUGUGGGACACAGCAGGUCAGGAGAGGUAUCACAGCAUCACUAGGCAGGUCUUCCACAAGGCCCAGGGGCUUCUGCUGAUGUAUGAUAUCACAUCUUCUCAGAGUUUCCAUGCUGUUCGUGCCUGGAUCUCCCAGGUUCAGGAAAAGGCUCCCUCUGAUGUCAUCUUGAUGUUACUUGGCAACAAAAAUGACUGUGCUCAUCGAGAAGUCCAGCUACAGGAAGGGGAGGAUCUAUCAAAAGAGUAUAACAUUCAUUUUAUGGAGUGCAGUGCUGCGACUGGUGACAAUGUGUCAGAAUCUCUGAAGACUCUAGCAUGGUUAUUGGUGAAACAGAGAGUGAGGAAAGAUGAGCAACAUACAACAUUACAGCCAAAGCCACAAAAUAAGAAGUCAGGUUGCUGUUGAAAACACCUUCGCUGUAUACACACACACACACACACACACACACACAUACACACACACACACCUAUAUCUUUGUCCAUACACUUUAUCAAAUAUAUGUGUACAAAAUGUGUAAUAGUAUAGAGAAUAUUAUAGAAUGUUCACUUAAAAUAUUUCCAUUGUCUUCAUCUAUUCUUAUCUAUUUUUGGCAGGGCAUGCAUUAUUUAAUUAACCUAUUUUUACGUGCUUUGUGCUGUUCCAUGAAACUGAACAAUUCUGAUGAAAUCUGGUGGAUUAAUGAUUACUAUUACCUUACAUUACUGUUUCUUUUUGUAUUAUGUACCUGAAUUCAGUGCAGGCUUGGAUUCAGGUCAGGGCAGAAAGUCUUUUUAUAACUGCAUUUAGCAAUAAAUCAUGUGAAAUAUUGGGUAAUAUGCUGUAUAAACUUUGUGGUGUUCUUGGAAGGUAUUGGCCAAUAUGAAUUGAAUAUGAAACCAACUUAAAUUAAGCUGAAAUGGCUGAACUGAAAUUAAGCUGAAGAACAAAAAUAUAAUUUAUCCCAACCCUGUAAUAAUUCACAUAAUUACACAAUGUGCGUCUCUAUGAGGAUGGACCCCACACACACAAAAUGGUAAGAAUACACAGGCUGAGAAGAAGUACAAAGACAAUGAAGAAAACCUCUGCUGCCCACUGACUGGUUUGGACCCCUGUCACCACUAGAGGGCGGUCAGAGGGAAUCAGAUAGGACAGGUUCAGCAUAUAGCCCAGAGUCCAGCCUAUGUCAGUGUCUGCCACCUGUAAUGUAAACAUCACCAGUAUUUAUAUUCUGAGUUUAAGAUCUGAAAUUAAAAUUAUUUUUGUCUUAUUUAACAGUAAUGUACUGUAUUAUUAUAUACAAUAAACCAGUGGCAUUGAUACUGUAAUAAUAAAUGCGUAGAUGCCACCAUGUACUGCUGCACUAACACAAUUAUGAUACGAUGUCUGCCAUACUGAUAUGAUUUUCUGUAUUGCAAACCUGUUUUUGAAAAGAGAUUUUAUCCCAGUUGGUCUCGAAUUUAUAUCCUUUGAGGAGAAUAACCAUGAUGUAAUGAGCUGAACAACAGUAAUCUCUGAGGUACUUCUCCUUCACCGUUGGAUAUUCUGCCACAAGCUGAAAAAGAGAAGCAAUAGUUGUUUUGUUGCAGUAAGACUCAAUGGUGGAAUUAACAUGAGACAACGAAGCCCUUGGUGCAAGACCAAGGAAGUCAAAGGUAUAGAAGUAUGCAGAGAAUGC